GAGGAGGCGCCGUAUCUCAUCCCAAUUUUUCUCCCAAUUUCUACACGUUCCAACCGGACUUGCCAGUCACGGUUAGGGAUGCAGAGGCAGCCACCUACCUAACACCGCCGUACGCUAGGAUCUCAGACCCGGGAUACCAACGGCUACUUGCGAUUCUGAAGGCAGACAAAGGUGUUGUGCUCACAGCACAACCUACUACGUGUACUGAGCCUCUGAAAAGAUGGCUAAAGAAAGGUGUGUUAAGAAGAGCUUUCAGGACAGCCUGGAGGACAUAAAGGAACGGAUGAAAGAGAAGAGAACGAAAAAGCUGUCAAAGGUGGCGACUGUCAACAAGCCUUUAUCAGCCAAAGUGCAGAUUAUCAGCAACACCUCUGUAACAGUGAAGAGUUUCCAGGCUAACAAUAAGGCCCUCGCCCUAGCUCUGGAAGCUGAAAAAUGUAAGACCAGGCAAGCUCAGGAUCUUAUUCUUCAUCUAAAGCGAGAGCACCAGAGGCUGAUGUUUGAGAUCUUUAUGUUAAGGCGGAAGCUGAAUAUGCAGCAAGGAAACAAUUCAUCAGAAGCAAAAUUGGAAUCCUUGAAGGAAAUAAUUGCCAAGGUUACUCACAAUUUGCUAGAGACAGCCAAUCUGCUUGGUCCUGCACAUGCCUUGUGUUCCAGUAGUGGAAGCCAAGCAAGUACCCCAGCAUCCGUGGAGGUGAAACGCUCUACUCCUUCUCCCAUAGUGGCUCCUGAACCUUUGGCAGAGAUGUGUAAGCCAGCCCCAGAUGCACAGAGGAAUUUCAGGCGUGUGUUGGAAGGAGCAAUUCCUGGCAAAAGAAGGCGGCAAGAAGAAACCUCUGAGAAGGGGACUUCAGGAAACCGCAUAUCUAAAGGACGUACAUUUAGCUCCAGUCAGCGCAAGUCUGAGCAUGAAAAACCUGAAGAGGAGGCUGAAUACGAUAAUAGUUUUUUAAAAAAUGUGUCUUUAAGACGCCGUGCCUCUAGUCUAAAUGUCUGUAUAGAGGAAUCUUCCAUUGUCAAGUCACUGGAAGAAGAGCAAAACUUGGAUUCCAGGUGUGGUGUAUUUGAUAAGGAAAUAAUCCUUCCUGCUGAAGAAGGCCUAAAUAAUGAUGAUGUAAUGGACAUGUACUCCAAUGAAAGCCCCUCAAAAGAAGAAUUUAUUCCAUUUACAGACAAUUGUCAGAUAUCAAGUUCAACCCCUGAACCCAAAGCAAAGCAAACGCAGUCUGUUAAAGCCAAAAUGGAGUCUCGCCCUGGAAGGGAAAAGGUAAGGAGAGGCAAAGCUGAUGGCCAACCUCCUGUCCCACUGAAAAAGCCUUGGGAAAAGUCCAAACCAAGAGCUAGAUCAAAGAGUCGAGAGAGGGGUGCAAGCAGGCCCGUCGCCUCCAAAGACAAAGUGAACACCUCUAUAAAUUCAGGUGAUGCUUAUGAUUUUGCCUUUGAGGAAAGCAUACAUGUCACACCAUUUAGACAAACUAAGCCAAGCAGUAACCCUGAAGAGAAUGAAGAGCCAGUCCAGGAACAGUCCAUAAAAAGCAGCAGUAGCAGUGAUGAAGAGCUAAAUGACAGCCUGUAUGUGCCUGCUAAAGCCAAGGCAAAAAAUGGUAACGGGGAGAAAAAUCCUGCAGCACUACCUUUAAGGCCGAGGUCCAAAAGAAACAAGGAAUUGCAACAGCAAUGUGUGGAGCAGACUGAAAAUAAGAGCAGUGAACAGACUAAACAAGAUGUUGCAAGAGGAAAGAAACAUACAAGAAGUGGCUUAAGAGGUUCAGUGGAACUUGAAAUCAAACCUGCUGCCAAGGAAGAGCCCACAGAAGGGACAAAACGCAAUGAAUUCCUGGUGGAACAUAAAAAGACAGAAGACAACCUCAGGCUAAGCAUAGAUGUCCCUGCUGUUAAGGACAACCUGAUGUAUUGUACAGACAGGAAUAUAUGUGAAUCUGAGGGAAAUUCUGCCGCUCUCCGUGUCAGCCUGAUGGAUGUCACAAAUCUGUCCUCGGGCUCCGGGAGUACUGAAUCAAAGAAACAUUCCUUCCCAUUUGCCGAUGAUAACAGGAAAGUGUCUGGAAGCUUCAUGAGGAAGAGGAGGUGUACAGUGACAAUAAAUUAUGCGGAGCCAAAUCUCAGCAAGAAGCUGAGAAGAGGUGAUCCCUUUACAGAUACUGAGUUUUUACUUUCCCCCAUUUUCAAGAACGGGGAUCCCAAGCGUAAAUCAAUUAACAGGAAAUCACUUGCAAAAUACAAUGAAGCGUUUGUUGGCUGUCGUUGAUGGACUGAAAACUAGUAAUUUUAUCUGUAUAUACUGUAAAUGUUAAUACGGGUUUGUGCAGUGUGAUAUAGGAUACCUCUACUCUAUGGGUGGAGGUUCUCAUGAAUUAUGACAAGCCACCAUGCACCUUCAUAAUUUAGGUGCUAGUGCUCCCACUGAAAACAGAGCCCAGAAGCUUAAGGGGCAGAAUAGAUUGACACCUUGCAUGGUAAUUUAUACCACGAUUAUAAAAGUACCAACAUUUUUGCUACUCAACAUUCGUGUUUGUGUACCAGUACUGUAGAUUAUGACAUCACCUUUUGGAGUGGUGCUGCUGUUAGCAUGCAGGCUGCGGCUCAGUCCACAGCGGGAGCACGAUGCACCACUUUGUCUCUAAGUGUUAAAGCAUUGCUAUCCCUUCAAAAAACGUUUGACCGGUCAUACAGACAUGUCAAAAGUUUUCAGUCAUGGCUUCUUGCUAGAACUAUCAGGAAAAAGCGUGAGGCUGCAUGUCACACUCCCCGGCUCACCCUUGUAAAUAUAUGGAUUCCAGCUACUGCAAGAAGCCAGGAGGAGUGGGAGCCGGGGAGUGAAGUGCACAGCUGCAUGCUUCUCCCCGCUAUAUCUAGUGAUCUGUAGGGGUCUCAUAACAGAUACCUUCAUGAUCAUAACUUGACAUGUCCAUGGAAUGUGUCAAAUGUUUUUUGAAGGGACAGUAAAAGUGUAAGGACUUGGAAUGUUGCACAAAUCUGUUUGUACAUUAAGCUGUGCUCAGCUGUAUUAUGUGAAAUAUAGUAUAUAUUUGUAAAUAUUUAAGUGUACACAUAUAUGGUUACAUGUUAUAGCAUUGUCUAAAGCCACUAUAUAUACUCUAUGGUACAAUCUUUCACUAACACCAUAACUUAAAGCAUACCUCCAGCUGUGAAAUAUCUAACUUUGUUAUAAAGUCCUAAUGAGAAGCUAUCAAUGGUGCAGUCACAGGCUCUGAAAUUCUCACUGUUCACAUAAACAAAUCUGCACAUUGGGCGCCGGAUGGUUUUUUUUCUGGCCAGAUAUAAGAGUACAGGAGUUUAUAGAUUAGAAUGGCCAGUCUAUCUAGUCCUCAGCUCUCCCUGGUAAAGCUGGGAGAAGGCUACAGGAGCCAUAGCUGCAGAGUGCACUGUACCUGAUUGUUCUGAUAAAUGACUAUGACAUAUUUAAUUUCCAAUUACUUUGAGGCUGCAACAUCUGUUGUAUCUCAAGAUAUAAGCACAUCAAUAUAUACAAAGUCUAAACCCCAUAUCCUGUGCUGGAAAACCUAAUUUUUUAUAAUACACACGUCCAUGUGUCUCUUUUGUGCAUU